CAGGGUAAAUAAGCAAAAACAGUGUGUUUAAUGAUAAAUAAAUGUGAGCGCUAACUGCAGGAGUGUCAUAUGACAGAGCUGCUAUGGGUGGUCCCAUGAGACAUUUUGGCUGUGGGGAGACUGGCCCUGAGCCAUCAUGGCCUGUAAACAACAACAGCGUCAGGUUGAACCAAACUGCAUCUGAGUGUCGGCCUGUCGUCUGACGCUCGUCUUCUUACAUCAAGAAUAGUAAGGUGCUUUUCAACAAUGCGUCGAAGGUGUGUCUGAUUGAUACCCUUCAGACAGGACCUCAUCCUAUCCACUGGGUAGCUUGCUAGCCAUGUCCUCACAGCAACCCAACAGCUCAGCCUCCAACAGCCCCACAAACAUCUUGGGAUCUCCGUUCUCGGUUAUCAGUCCCUCUCUUAACUCCCCUGUGGGAUUUGGACCCAUCAGCAACAGCCAGAUCUCUUCUUCAGCACCCAUAUCAGGGAUGCACUCAAUCAGCAAUGAAGAUAUCAAGCCUCCUUUUGGCCUGAGGCCCAUGCCCGCCCACAGUCCUGGAAUAAUGUUGUCUCAGAAACGCCUGUGUGUCAUCUGUGGAGACCGCUCUUCUGGCAAGCACUAUGGAGUUUACAGCUGUGAGGGUUGCAAAGGUUUCUUCAAACGUACAGUUCGGAAAGAUCUAAGUUACACCUGCAGGGACAACAAAGAGUGCCUGGUUGAUAAACGCCAGCGCAAUCGCUGCCAGUACUGCCGCUACCAGAAGUGCCUGGCUAUGGGCAUGAAGAGGGAAGCGGUCCAGGAGGAGCGCCAGAGGAACCGAGAGCGUGAAGGAGAGCUGGAGUUUAGUGCAGGAGUGAAUGAAGAAAUGCCUGUUGAGAAGAUUUUAGAGGCAGAGACAGCUGUGGAGCAGAAGACCGAGCUUCACUCUGAUGGUGGUUCAGCCGGAAACUCUCCCCAUGAUGCAGUGAGCAACAUCUGUCAGACUGCAGACAAACAGCUGUUUGCUUUGGUGGAGUGGGCAAAGAGGAUCCCUCAUUUCUCUGAGCUGCCCUUGGAUGACCAGGUCAUCCUUCUGCGUGCAGGCUGGAAUGAGCUCCUCAUCGCCUCGUUCUCCCAUCGCUCCAUUGCUCUCAAGGACGGAGUUCUCUUGGCUUCUGAGCUACAGCGGGACAGCGCACACAGCACAGGAGUGGGAGCCAUUUUUGACCGGGAGAGUGUGCAGAGUGCAGAGGUUGGUGCCAUAUUUGACAGGGUCCUCACUGAGCUCGUCAAUAAAAUGAGAGAUAUGCAAAUGGACAAAACAGAGCUGGGCUGCCUCAGAGCCAUCGUCCUCUUCAACCCAGAUGCUAAAGGGCUCUCCAACACCAGUGAGGUGGAGCUCCUCAGAGAAAAGGUCUAUGCAUCAUUGGAAGCAUACUGCAAACAGAGAUACCCAGAGCAGCAGGGAAGGUUUGCUAAGCUCCUCCUUCGACUGCCAGCGCUGCGAUCCAUCGGCUUGAAGUGCUUGGAGCACCUCUUCUUCUUCAAGCUGAUCGGUGACACACCUAUUGACACUUUCCUCAUGGAAAUGCUUGAAGCUCCCCAUCAGUUGUCUUAGAUAGGAAAUGUGUACUGUGGUUAGGUUUAGAUAGCUGAAGUCUGGGAAGCUGGAGUGGGACUGGAGUGGCACUUUAAGUUCUUUGAAGAUUUGUCAGUUUGUCUCACUGCUGUCUGUGUUUCACACUUAGUGCAGCACAGAUUUGCUCUUUAGACCAAACCCAAGGCUUGGCAUGAUCUACAAGCUGGUGCUAUGUGUUGAAAUAUCUUCAUGAGUAACUAUGGUUUAAAAAAAAAGCUAUUUUUAAAAAUGUAAACAUUUCCAUAUUUCCCUCAUAGGAGCUAUAAUUUGGAUAAACUUUUUCUAUGAGCUUUUUAGGCAUCCAGCUUCAGUUGUUUCUCCAACUGAGCCCCUAAAAACCUGUUGUUUUUUUUUUUUUUUUUUUUUUUUAAGAAGGCAGCCUGAAUCAUGGGUUUGCAUCACAGACGCAGUCUCCUUUUGAUAAUUUCUGAUACGAGCUAGAUCUAAAAGUAUACUAUUGUACCAAACAACCCCUAGGAGCUGUGUCCGACUGCAGCUCUCAGUUUACUUGUAUCUAUUCAAGAAGAUGAAAUCUUAACAGUGACCCUGACAUAAAAGACAAGUUGGUGUUUAAAGUGUCACGUCUGACUUGUCUGUGUUGAUUGAAGAUCAGCUUUAUGUGUCCAGUAAUAUACAGCUAGUGUUGUUUACUUCUCAGCCAUUUUAUAACUCUAAUCACUUUGUGGUGAAAUGAUUAAACUGCACUGCACACUUGCUUUGUUCUAUUUCUAAAAUAUGACUUUUAAAAACACCUGGCCUGUAAGCAGUCAGGUGUUUUGUCUUUUGGUGCUAUUCCAGAGAUAAUUUGACGAUAUUGGUGCAGUUGCACACCAAAACCACGAACCUAAGAAAAUAUGCAAAACUUAGAAGUUCCUUUGUUAAGCUUUGUUAAAAAUGUAGCAAUAUAAAAUGUAACCUGCAUACGAGCUUUCUGCCUGUCAGUCAUUCAGGGGUUUUACAAACUAAAUCGUGUGGUGGAAAGGGAAUACUCCAUUUUGUAAUUUAUCUAUACAAUUCUAAGGUACUGUGCAAAACUAAUUGUUCAGGGAACAUGUACAUUGAGAAAUUUAAAUUACGAUCAGGAGAAGCAAAUUAUAUAAAUCUUAAUGUGCCCAUGUUUUUAGUUUUCAGCUAGGAUAAAGCAGAACAUGUCUUGGGUUGCACUGGAUUUGCUGAGACUGUUUCAGCUGAUUUCUUUUUUUUUUUUUUUUUUUUUUGAUGCUCAGCUGUAUUUUCCUUCCUCUCCCCCACCCCCUCCUUUUUUUAGUAGCUGUCUUGUUCAUCUUAAUGUCUCUGCAAUUUCUAAAAAGCAAACCAUAAUCACGGAAAGAUCCAUAACACCUGUGGACGAAUAGGAAAUUUAAACAAGACCAAAUGAGGUCUGAAAGAUGGCCAUGUGUAAACACCUGAUUUAAGCUUGUCAUCGACCUCCAGAUGCUCUUGAACAUAAAGUGACUUGAAGCAUGGGUUGUGUGGACUGAAAAUAAAGAGGCUUAAGUUUU